AUGACUUCGACGGCGACAACAGCUCUUGUGGGGUGGUGGACAGCAGACGGAGGUCCGACAUCGGCUGUCUCUCUUACCGUCAAUAACCCAUGGGUCACGUCUGGUACGAUCGCAAGCGACUGUUUCACGGACGACGUCGACAAAUGUACACUCGCUACUACUUGCGUGGGCAGCAGGCUUGUUUACCAAGACGGCUCAUUCGAAGACUGCGAUGACGACUCCCGAUGCACCUCCUUCAAGAUAUUCCACAGCUCUCCCUCUGCGGGCCCGUCAGCGACAAACUAUGCCUGCCGACAGCAAUGGCUCGCUCGCACGGUCUGGGUGGAAUCCCCGGUAUACAUAACGACUACCAGCACCGAUAGCUCGGAUCAAGACACCUCCUCCGCCUCGACUCCAUCUGCCUCCGCUCCCUCCUCGGAUGGUUCCCUUAGUGACCCGACUAGCACCUCCAGCCCCAAGCCUGCCAAAUCUUCGUUAUCAGGCGGCGCCAUUGCCGGAAUCGUCGUAGGGAUCGUCGCAGUUGUAGCCCUCUUCAUUGCCGGCGCGCUCCUGUUCCGCAGGAAACGAGGUUUCAAUAAAGUCGCAGCGCUGCCGAGCCCUGAGCUACCUGGGCACAGCGCCUCUGAGCUGACCGGGCAUGAUACGUCUGAGCUGCCUGCUGGAAAUCACGUCUCUGAGCUACCACCUAUGGGGUACGCUGAUCGCGGCCCGUACGAGGCUCCAUCGGCCGGGAAGUUGGAGGAAGGGGUAGCUCGCAAAGGCUUUCCGAUACGGGAACACAGGUCUGAGUUGGAGUGA